GUUGCGGAACGACUCGAAACGUGAAACCCAGCGGGAGGACGAAGGGACCUGGCAAAACCAGGAAAAACGGUCCCUCAGGCAGUUCCCAUCGGGCGGUGAUUGACGCUGCCCUCCAGUGGCGGCGAGAGGGCACACAUCCUGGCGCCGAUGCACCCAGCGAGGUGCCAUCCGCUGCCGGAUUGGACCUCAUCAAAACCGCGCUCGCCGAUCGGCCGCAAUCGGACGAACCCUGAACAGACACGCUCCGUGAAAUUAAACCAAACAAAACAAAACGUGGAUUUUUUUUUUCCCUCUCCCAAUCGAGCGUUUUACGCAGAAAAAGACGAAAGCGGCAAAGCAAGAGGAUUUGGAGGCGACGUUCUCCGGAUUGUUUACUCAGUGUCACAUGCGAGGUGUUGGCGUCUCCGCCAGGAAAUUGCUCGUCAGCCUUCCGAGCGUUUAUCACCUGCUCAGAUAGCGCCGGCAGCCUGACCGUUCAACCCUUGCCCGGCGUAUAUAAGAGUUGUUCCCGGAGAGGCGCGCAGCCUUCUUUUCUGGCGCAAACGCGGAGAGACAUGGGCUGCUGCUGGAACAGGAGGUGCGGGCUCAUCGCCGGAGCCGUCGUCGGUGCGGCGCUGGCCCUGCUGGGAGCCAUCCUGAUCCCGCUGGGGGACGGUCUCAUCGAGGAAACCGUCUUACAGAAAGCCGUCAUCGCGCCCGGGACGCCGGCGUACGACAACUGGCUGUCGCCGGGGGGAGCGGUCUACAGGCAGUUCUGGUUCUUCGAUGUGCAAAACGCCAGGGAGGUGAUCGAGGAAGGUGCCGUGCCGAUGGUGGCGGAGAAGGGACCUUACACCUACUACACCAGAUACUUGCCCAAAGCGAACAUCACCUUCAACCCCAACAACACCGUCUCCUACCUCCUUCCGCAAGGCGCCAUCUUUGAGCAGUCCUUGUCGGCGGGACCGGAAGAGGACAACGUCACCUCCCUGAAUUUGGCCGUGGCGGGGGCGUACUCGAAGCUUCCCAAAGUGAUGCACCCGGUCCUGGAGGCCAUGAUCAAGGCCAGCAAGUCGUCCUUGUUUCAGCGACGCAGCGUCCGGGAGCUGCUGUGGGGGUACAAAGACCCCAUGUUGAAAUCCACCGUGGGCCUUUUCGCACCGUACAACGGCACCUUCGACGGCUACUACAACAUCUACAGCGGCGAGGCCAACAUCAGCAGAGUGGGCACGAUCGACAAGUGGCGAGGAUCCAGGAGUCUGAGCUUCUGGGACGACAAGUACUGCAACAUGAUCAACGGGACAGAUGGUUCUAACUUUGCUCCCUUUGUGGACUCCACAAAGCCUCUGUUCUUUUUCUCCUCGGACAUCUGCAGGUCGGUGUCAGCCAGCUACGAGCGGUCCAUGGACCUGAAGGAGAUUCCGGUGUACCGCUUCGGACUCUUGCCGUCCACCCUCGCCUCGCCCGUGGACAACCCCGACAACCACUGUUACUGCCGGGAUCCAAAGACCACCAAGAACUGCACCAUGGCGGGAGUGCUGGACAUCAGCUCCUGUCAAGACGGACAACCCAUCUACAUCUCCUUGCCGCACUUCCUUCACGGCAGUUCGUCCCUGCAGCGGGCCAUAAAGGGGAUCGACCCCAACGAGGAGCACCAUAACACCUAUCUGGACGUGGAACCUAUAACAGGGAUUACCCUCGGGUUUGCCAAAAGAAUCCAGGUGAACAUGAUGUACGGACCCUCCAAAGUCAUCACGGUGCUGAAGAAAGUCAACGAGACCACGAUUUUCCCUCUGGUCUGGAUGAACGAGACGGCGGUACUGGACGACGAGACUGCGGGUCGGCUCAAGGUGGAGCUGGUGGACCGGAUCAAGAUGCUGGACGUGGUCCAGAAAGUCCUGCUUGGCUCGGGCCUGGCCGUCUUUGGCCUGUGCCUGGUCUUGUCCAUCACCAUCAGGUGCAGCGACGACAAGUCGCAGACUGUCUGAUGCUGCUAUUUUGAUACGAACUAAUUAUUUAUAAUGUCCCGUUUCCUUUUGAUAUCGAGACUGUGAUUUUUGCAAACUCCACUGGAGUAGUGUCACUUUAAUUCAAUCAAUCAGGGAUUUUGGGCCUUCUUUAAACGAGCUAUUUCAAGGCUACGUCACGCGCUACAUGCCAAUGCUGUCGGUUUGUGUUUGUGAUGCUUCAAAGGAAUAAAAGCACAAGUCCAGCUUCAUUCCUUUUUCACCAUAAAUAACAUCAAGUGCAAGGGGAUUAUUCGGCCGUAGGAUGCGGCUUUAUUGUGCCAAAGUGCUUCGCAAUAAAACCCCCAAACAAACAACAACAACAACAAAAAACCUUUUUGAUUUGUCCGGUGCGAAUUGCACGACAGAACGCCGACUAAGCAAAGUGUCAAACGCCGGCCGGAUUUGCGACCGGGUCACAAACGUGACCAGAAAGAAUAGAAAAGUGGAUUCACAUUCAAAUGGAAGACUUUCAGACUCCACGGUAGCAUUGAAAAUGCCGCCGAGGAAACUAAAACUAGCUAAGGCUAGCUUAGUCGGUACAAACGGCAUCAGAAAUGUUAUCCUGGUUACAGUACUACGAAUAAAGGUUCUGAUUGAGUUUGUGUGAAAUAAUUUCAAUAUUAGACGGAGAGGUUUUCAUGCCCGAUGCUAAUGUCCGUUAGCUUGCGUGGAGCAAAUGGAACUACAGCCAAGCUCGAGUGGUGGCAAGUCGAAUUCAUAAAGGGAAUCUGCUAGCCUAAUUCAUGUGAACGGAUGCAAAAGUUAGCAUAUUAGCUUAGCUUCCGCGAAUCUAAUGGAACAACAUCCAAGCUCCAGUGGUGGCAAUUCGAAUUCAUAAAGGGAAUCUGCUAGCCCAAUUCAUGUGAACGGAUGCAAACGUUAGCAUAUUAGCUUAGCUUGCGCGAAGCUAAUGGAACAACAUCCAAGCUCGAGUGGUGGCAAUUCGAAUUCAUAAAGGGGAUCUGCUAGCCUAAUUCAUGUGAACGGAUGCAAACGUGAGCAUAUUAGCUUAGCUUGCGCGAAGCUAAUGGAACAACAUCCAAGCUCCAGUGGUGGCAAUUCGAAUUCAUAAAGGGAAUCUGCUAGCCUAAUUCAUGUGAACGGAUGCAAACGUGAGCAUAUUAGCUUAGCUUCCGCGAAGCUAAUGGAACAACAUCCAAGCUCCAGUGGUGGCAAUUCGAAUUCAUAAAGGGGAUCUGCUAGCCUAAUUCAUGUGAACGGAUGCAAACGUUAGCAUAUUAGCUUAGCUUGCGGCGUUCAGAAGCACAGUCUCAGAUAAACAUUUAUUCAGGCCAUCGCUUCCACGAAUAAAUAAAAAGGGGACGCCAGGCUCGAAACGAAGCGCAUUUUCGCUUUUAUCGACAUGAAUGAAUGGUCUGCAAAAACGAAAAUUCCAAAAAUAAAACCUUCGAAUGGAGGCUCUGCGAGUUGCAGAUCCGGUCGUAUUUACGCGGACAAAGCGCACAUCUGCAUUAAAUAAGAUAAAACGUCAUCUUUAUCUACAUGAGCUAUUCACAACCCGACGGGCAUUUUCUCAAACGGGGGUCCCCGGACCCCCUCUGGGAGUCGGGUCGAUAAUUUGCAAUAAAUUAUUAGGUCCCCUCAUUUAAAAAAAAAAAAAAAAACGUCAAUACCAAAAUAUUGGGACUGGAUAAUUAUGCCUUCGUACUUGAACCUUAGCCAAUUCAAAGAUUUGUUAUGACUCUGACGCAACAUCGCAGACAUCUCAAAUCGGUGCAGGAAUAAAGUUGCAUUAUUACCCGAAAAGAGUCCAAAUUAAAAAAAAAAAAAAACAUUUUUGUGCUCUAUUUUAAACGCAUCGAUUGUGUAUUUUUUUUUUUUGUCAAAUUCACUUCUUGAAGUACGACUUUUCAUCUCGACAAAAUGUGUCUUUUGCGGUUUUUCCUUGGAAAACUCUCUCUGAUGGACCCGGA